AUGCAGAUCACAGUAACGGACGCUGAUGGACAGGCAUUCGGGCUGGAUUUGACCCGUGAGACGGAGGUUGAGUCCCUGAAAAGCAUCAUUGCAGUUGAGCUGAAUAUACCCCCUGACCGGCAACGGAUUUUGGUAGAAGGUCAUCCCCUCCGCAGUGCUGCAAGGACUUUAGGCGAGGCUGGCAUAGGCGAAGGCGCCAUACUGCUUGUCCUAAGUGAGGGUACAGGAGCUGAAGCUACAGCUGCACCCCACAGUAUCCCUCAAAAUAUUAGUGAGCAGCAGCUACAGCAGCCAUCACGGCCAGUUUUGGGGAAUCAGCAGCGAGAACAAGUGUCUGCAGUUCAGCAUUUGGAUUUUUCAGGUAUCGUUGUUGACGGAGGCCGUGUCUCACAGUUUCCUGCGGCUACGACAGUACCCCCUUCCUCUACUACCCUCGCUUCGCCUCCCCUGGCAACCGCGUUAUCACCUACAGCAGUAACCGCACCAUCUGCUGUUGGAUCUGCAACAGAAACAGCUGCACAAAUACAAGCACUGAUACGCCAGCAUGCAGAAGCUGUGGUUGCAGCAGCAAAAACAGACCCCGCGUCCUUGGGGAUAAUGCGAGCGCAUAACCCUUUGCUGGGGGAUGCAAUAAGCAGUGCAAUACAGGAGCGGCAGGAAGCCGCAAAUCAGGCAACACCGGAUGCGCAACAUUUGAAUCAACCUGGCCCAGCAAUGAAGCGGGUUAUGGACCUUCUGAUGGUGGACUUUGAGAAAAAGAAGCAGGCUCAGGAAGAAAGGAUGAGGCGUCUGGCGUUUAUAAAACGAGAUCCACUAUCUCUUGAGAGUCAGCAGUUUCUACUGGAGGAGCUGCAACAAGAAAGAAUAAACGAAAACUACUCAAUGGCCAGGGAACACCUGCCCGAGGGGUUCGGUUCUGUAUGCAUGCUCUACGUGGGAUUGGAGAUCAAUGGGGUUCGGUGCAAGGCCUUUGUGGAUAGUGGAGCCCAACAGUCUAUUUUGUCGGUAGAGUUCGCAGAGAAAUGCGCUCUGUCCUCCCUUAUAGACACACGAUUUGCUGGAUCGGCACAUGGAGUGGGGAAAGCUCCAAUUGUAGGCAGAGUCCAUGUCGCUCCUCUCAAGCUCGGCACUAAAUUUUGCCCAUGCAAUUUUAUUGUGCUUGAGGAUAAGAGAGUGGAAAUGAUUCUUGGACUGGACCUGCUCAGACGAUAUCAAAUGAUCUUAGACUUUAAGAAGAAUGUGCUCAUUUUUGACGGAAAAUCGCCUAGUUCUGAAUUCUCUGCAACUCUAACCAACCUUACACUAGAGGUUGCAAAACAGAAGAACGGAGAUUCCUCACUUGCACGGGCGGUGUUAGAAGAACAUUCACCUUAA